GGGCCUGCAUGGCAAGUGCCUGGGCCGAGGGCCCCCCGCUCCCCGGCUGCCAGCGAAGUAACCGGGACCCACACGCCUGCGGGGCACCGAGCCCAGAGGGCGCGCGUGAUCGCACCCUGGUUCCCGUGCCCUUUGCUGGGAGGUCUCUGAGGCGGUUGGGGGAAAUGGUGACGAUCCUAGACUCUGGGAUCGGCUGCCCCAAGUUUCUGGUCCACCGUAUAGCGUGUGACUUUCACCUUGAUCAGAUUCUGUAAACCACCUUUUCCCCUUCGGUGAAACCGGGUGAGAGCAGCGCAGGGGGGCGCCGAGGCUUAAAGUGGAUAAAGGGCUUGAAGUGCUUAGCACGGUGUCGCCCAGGAGACUUUGACGGUAUCAUCACUUUAUUACUCGCUGUGCUGCCGGGCACCUUGCCCAGACUCUCCUACACGUGGUGGAGCAGAGGUUCCUCGUGGUCAUAUUUGCACUCAAAUCAGACCAGGGGCUGUGGCGUUAAGACGAGUUCGCCUGUACUUAGAGGACAAGGCUUUUGUGAUUAAUCAGGGAGGAUGUGGGUGGCUUGUCUUCAGUGAGAAAACUCCCCUCUCUCUGAACCUUGAGUUCAGUGAUAAGAAGGAAAGUUUGGAAGGAAGAGCCUUCACUUUGAGAGAAGCAGCCUUGAUUUGGUGGAGCAGCCUGUUUUUCAAACUGCCCUGAGGCUCCUUAUCAGAUUGAAGGCAGAACACAGAAUUGCAGCCAGGGAAAGAUGCUCACACUAACAGGAGCUUCAAAUAAUCUCAUUCCUGUUGAGCAGUAUGGCACGUGAGCAUCUAUCUGCGAUACAGCAGUGGCGAUCGGAAGGCAGAAUAGCUGUCUGGCUGCACGUCCCCAUCCUGCAAAGUCGAUUUAUUGCCCCGGCCGCCGCGCUGGGCUUCUGCUUUCACCACGCGGAAGCGGACUCAUCCACGCUGACCCUGUGGCUGGGAAAGGGGCCCAGCAGACUCCCUGGGUACGCGACACAUCAAGUGGGGGUUGCAGGAGCUGUAUUUGAUGAAAAUACUAGAAAAAUAUUGGUAGUCCAAGAUCGAAAUAAAUUGAAAAACAUGUGGAAGUUCCCAGGAGGCCUGUCAGAGCCUGGAGAAGAUAUCGGAGACACAGCAGUUCGAGAAGUUUUUGAAGAGACUGGUAUAAGAUCAGAAUUCAGGUCCCUCCUGAGCAUUCGGCAGCAGCACAGCCACCCCGGGGCUUUUGGGAAGUCGGACAUGUACGUCAUCUGCCGCCUAGAGCCUCGGUCCUUCUCCAUCCAGCUGUGCCCGCACGAGUGCCUGCGCUGCGAGUGGAUGGACCUCGCUGACCUGGUCAAGGCUGCCAACACCACGCCCGUCACCAGCAGAGCUGCGCGGCUGCUGCUCUACGGGCACAGGGAGGGCUUCGACAAGAUCGACCUGACCAUGGAGCAGCUCCCGGCCGUUUACACGGGCUUGUUCUAUAAACUCUACCACAGGGAGCUGCCAGAGAGUUACAAAACAAUGAUAGGGGUGGAUUAAAUCAAAUUUACACAUGUAAAAAUUUUAGUAAAUCGUACAUGUAGAUUAAUGUGUGCCAUGUUAUAACAGUGGUGCACAUUUUGGGUUAACUAAAUAUCUGACUUUAAUUUUCUAAUGUGUAUGAUUUCCAUGAAGAAAAUUUGCAAGUGUGCACAUUUUUAAAGCCUCUUUUCGAAUGGAGCAAAUGUAUGGAAAAGAUUGUAGCACUAAGUAAGCGUUACUGGAUAAAGGCAAAUGCUAUACAAAAGGUGGAAGUUUA